AUGACUGUUAAGAAUGUUUUGUCCUGUUUCUCAGAUCUGGCCUUGGGAUUCUUCCCUCGCUGGUGGCUACCAAACUUCCAGAGACCCGAAAUCUCUGCCACUAGACGCCCAGGAAUUGGAGAUGGCUCUGGAGAAGGUCACAAAUGCUCUGGAUGUGGAAAGACAUACCUUUGGAGAUCAACAUUGACAAGACACAAGCAGUACGAGUGUGGUGGCAAAGAGCCCAUGCACCAAUGCCCUCACUGUUCAUAUCGUGCUCGCCAGCGUGAUUGUUAUGACGGUGGAAACCAAGUUAAUGGUACUGUUGGAGCUGCUUUCCAGUGCCCUAACUGUGGUCGAAGCUAUCGGUGGAGAGACAACCUUCGAAGACACCAAAGAGUGGAAUGUGGAAAAGAAGCUUCUUUCUGGUGCUCUUUGUGUCCUUUCCGAAGCAAGCACAAACAUAGCCUCCUUCGUCACUUGCAUAACAGACAUUUCACUACAGCAGCAGCUGCAGAAGCAGCUGUAGAUCUUGCAAUUGCAUCUGUUGAACCACCUUCAAACAACUCAAGUGCUCAAAAUCUUGAUGGAAGUGCUCAUAGCAGAGUCAACAAUGAAGAGUAUCAGAACUCAUUUUAG